ACCACAUCCAUUACCUCUAAAUAACUACCUUACCUUACAAUCACAAUUCAAUCAAAAAAACAAACUCCUAAAUUUGGUUCUACUGACUCAUGGUACCAGGAAUAUACUCAAGAAACAUGAGUCCUCAGUACUAUUGGUGAUACUGAAGUACAUAAUGUUUGCAAUUUCAACACAAACGCGAGGUCUCAAACCCAAGGUGGCGUCAUCAGAAUGGUUUUCUCCUACCUCUACUUCCUUUCAAAAGAACUGUGUGUCACAAGGCAGCCCAUUUUCUUCAAAGCAAAGUUCUUUUCUAAGAGGUCAAUAUCAUGUUAGACACUUCCUUGGGCUCGGUCGAACUGGACAAAGAAGAAAAAAUGCAGGUGCUGUGGUAUCACCAAGUUGUGUCCUUCCACUUACUGAGGAAAACGUCGAGAAGGUUCUAGAGCAAGUCAGGCCAGGCCUAAUGGCUGAUGGAGGAAAUGUGGUACUACAUGAGAUCGAUGGCCUAGUUGUAAUUCUUAAGCUUCAAGGAGCAUGUGGAUCUUGUCCAAGUUCAACAAUGACACUUAAAAUGGGAAUUGAAACUCGUCUUCGGGACAAAAUCCCUGAAAUAAUGGCAGUUGAACAGAUUCUUGACUCUGAAACUGGCCUUGAGUUAAAUGAGGAAAAUAUUGAAAAGCUUCUUGGAGAGAUUAGACCAUACUUGGUAGGCGCCGGUGGUGGAGAAUUGGAGCUUGUACAGAUUAACGACUACAUUGUUAAGGUUAGGCUAAGUGGACCGGCUGCUUCUGUGAUGACAGUUCGUGUAGCUCUUACUCAAAAAUUGAGAGAUGCAAUACCAGCUAUUGCUGCUGUUCAGUUGACAGAUUGAAGAAAAUGCUCAGCCAGGCCAUAUGACGAAAUUUUCCUGCAAGAUUAAAAAUUUACAGUACCAUUUUUGUUAUACAACAUGUAGCAUUCUUUAUCCCUUCACUAGUGUACUCAUAAAUCAACAUCUUUAUAUUGUCAAUAUUAGCAACUUCAAUAGCAAAAUGAUAUAUUUUGCAACUAAA